CCGCCGCAGAGCGCCGGGGGCGGGCGGAACGAGCGCAGGAGGCCAUGGCCGCCGCCGCGGGCUGCUAAGAGGCUCGGCCCGAGGGCGCCUGCCGCCGCGGACGAUGGUGACCGCACGGGUCGGGCCGCUGCCGCCGCCGCUGCCUCCGCCCCCCAAGACGCAGCAACCGAGGCCCCGCGCAGAAGAACCGCCGCUGUGAGCCUUCCCGGUCCCCGCCGCCACCGCCUGAGGACAGGAGGGCAGGCGAGAGAGCCGGGGAGCUGCGGACACGGGCAGCGCGCAGCGCAGUCCCGCCGGGAGGGAGGCUGCAGCCCGAGGUCUAAUCCAGGAAAAAACAAAAACAAACCCAGAAAGCCAUGGCUGCCAAGGAGAGGCUGGAGGCAGUGCUGAACGUGGCCCUGCGGGUGCCCAGCAUCAUGCUGCUGGACGUGCUGUACCGGUGGGACGUCAGCUCCUUCUUCCAGCAGAUCCAGCGGAGCAGCCUGAGCAGCAACCCGCUGUUCCAGUACAAGUACCUGGCUCUCAACAUGCACUAUGCGGGUUAUAUCUUAAGUGUUGUGCUACUCACCUUGCCCAGACAGCAUCUGGUUCAGCUUUAUUUAUAUUUUUUGACUGCCCUGCUCCUUUAUGCUGGACAUCAAAUCUCCAGGGACUAUGUCAGGAGUGAACUGGAGUCUGCCUAUGAAGGACCAAUGUAUUUAGAACCUCUCUCCAUGAAUCGCUUUACCACGGCCUUAAUAGGUCAGUUGGUGGUGUGUACCUUGUGCUCCUGUGUUAUGAAGACGAAGCAGAUUUGGCUCUUCUCAGCUCACAUGCUUCCUCUGCUAGCACGACUCUGCCUCGUGCCUCUGGAGACCAUCGUUAUCAUCAACAAAUUCGCCAUGAUUUUUACGGGAUUGGAAGUGCUCUAUUUUCUUGGGUCUAAUCUUUUAGUACCAUAUAACCUUGCUAAGUCUGCAUACAGAGAAUUGGUUCAGGUAGUGGAGGUGUAUGGCCUUCUAGCCCUGGGAAUGUCCCUGUGGAACCAGCUAGUGGUGCCUGUUCUUUUCAUGGUCUUCUGGCUCGUCUUGUUCGCUCUCCAGAUUUACUCCUAUUUCAGCACUCGGGAUCAGCCUGCAUCACGGGAGAGGCUUCUUUUCCUUUUCCUGACAAGUAUUGCAGAAUGCUGCAGCACCCCGUACUCCCUGCUGGGCUUGGUCUUCACGGUUUCCUUUGUUGCCUUGGGUGUUCUCACACUCUGCAAGUUCUACCUGCAGGGCUAUCGCGCCUUCGUGAAUGAUCCCGCCAUGAACAGGGGCAUGACAGAGGGGGUGACCCUGUUAAUCCUGGCGGUGCAGACGGGGCUGAUAGAGCUGCAGGUGGUGCACCGGGCGUUCCUGCUCAGCAUCAUCCUUUUCAUCGUCGUGGCUUCUAUCCUGCAGUCCAUGCUGGAGAUCGCAGACCCCAUCGUUCUGGCGCUGGGCGCAUCUAGAGAUAAGAGUUUGUGGAAGCAUUUCCGUGCUGUGAGCCUUUGCUUAUUUUUGCUAGUGUUCCCUGCUUACAUGGCCUACAUGAUUUGCCAGUUUUUCCACAUGGACUUUUGGCUUCUUAUCAUUAUUUCCAGUAGCAUUCUCACCUCUCUUCAGGUUCUGGGAACGCUGUUUAUCUAUGUCUUAUUUAUGGUUGAGGAAUUCAGAAAAGAGCCUGUGGAGAACAUGGAUGAUGUCAUCUACUAUGUGAACGGCACCUACCGCCUGCUGGAGUUUCUUGUGGCCCUGUGUGUGGUGGCCUACGGCGUCUCGGAGACCAUCUUUGGAGAGUGGACUGUGAUGGGUUCCAUGAUCAUCUUUGUCCAUUCCUACUAUAACGUGUGGCUUCGGGCGCAGCUGGGCUGGAAGAGCUUCCUUCUCCGUAGGGAUGCCGUGAACAAGAUUAAAUCCCUGCCCAUCGCUACAGAAGAGCAGCUUGAGAGACACAACGAUAUCUGUGCCAUCUGCUACCAGGUAACCCAUUCAGGCAGAAUCCACCUGGGAGGGACGCAACCAUACGACCGGAUGCAACUUGAAUUUCCAGACAAAAUUAACUUGUUGAGUCAGUUUCAACGAGGCUGUCUUAAAAUGACCUCUGGUCUGUCCCUCAACUCUCCCAGAUUCCGAGGACUAGGAACAGAGGUGGCACCACAGCCUCCAGCUGCAGCUGAGCAAAACCUCGUACGCCAGGAAGGUCCCGAGCCCCCAGAUCGUGAGCGUCCUCCAGGGACCGGGGUACCAGAAGGUUCUGGGGACAGGAGUGAGUGCAUUGCCAGAAGACCAGAAAGCCAGGAAGGCGCCCUUGACCCCAAAGAGGAUCCUUGCGGUGUGGAAGAUGAAGUGGGUCCCGUUGAGUCAGCCGAGAGGAGAGGAGCCUCUGGUCUGGAGAAUGUGGUUCCAGAUGGGACUCAGCUCAGCUCUGAGGAGUGAAUGAAUGUGUGAGAGAAUUAGGCAGAAACUGACAUUCCAAGAUCUACCCCAGGAAGCACGCUCAAGGGAGACUUCCUGCUUUCAUGCCCCUGGUGUUGGAGGAGUAAUUUUGCAAUGUAUGCUAAUCACAAUGUAUUUAUAUGUUCUAUGCUGGUGUUUUGUAGAGGUUUGCCAAGAAAAUUCAACCUCAGCAACUUCGGGACAGCCCCUGGUUUGAGAGGGAUAUAUGAAAUCAGAUUUGAGUGUUUGCAAGGGGCCAAGAAAAUGAGGAUAAAGUGCAGGAGGACAGCCUGGGAGGAAGCAGGUGGAAGCAGAACUGGCAUUUCCCUGUCUGUGGGACAGGAUCGCUCUUGUUAUAAAGUAUGAGCAGUGACCAGCCCUUUUCUCCACCCCCUUUCCCUCAGUGGGUUGGAACUCAGCCAGGCAAUCACUGAGUUCUUGUACAGCACUGCAGUGAAAUCACAGAUGUAGAAGCAUUGAUUUAUGCAAAGAUUGGAGCACACAGAGUCAGAGCGCUUCAGGGAACGGGGUGGGGGUGCUGGGCCUUGCGGGUUCAUUCACGUACCUGAGACUCUUGAACUGUAUGACAGUCUCCAUCAUUUUCAUGUACAUGGAACUUUUGUUAAUAUAUUGUACUUCGUUGGCUGUGUGAAGUGAACUAAAACUCUAAUGAGCACUUUGGAGUCCGCUUUAGGAAGGAGGCCAAAGUGGGAGGGGCUUUAGGGCACUGAUAAAGGCCUAGGUGUACUUUUCAAUCCUGUGUAAUGUUUCAUUCUUGCAACGGAAUCAAAACAGUGUUAAAUUAUGGCAAUAUUUGCACUUUGGAAAUGAGUACAUAACUGUAUGAUCACACUGCAAAUGCCACUUUUAAAGCUGUUAAUAGACUUUGCACCUUUUCUUUGACAAGGAUGUGUCAUAUUUAAAUUUUUACAUUCAUCAUGGCUAUAGGUAGAACUGGGGAGGGGGGAAUGUAAUUUUUUAUGGGAAUUUUGAUAUGAAAAGAAACUAGUCAUUUAUUUAUACAAUAGGCUUAGCUCAAAAAGUGUUUUUUCAGACUUGGUAUUCCUAAUGUAGGAUGUGACUUUAUUUUAUUUUUAGUAGCAAAUUUGGAUGUAGAC